CAGAGAGAGCAGACAUACACCUAUCCGUCUUCCUCGCUAUUUGUUUCCGCUUUGUAUUCCCCCCCCUAAAAAAGGACUAUAUUUUUACAUCAUUGUGACUUAAAUCCUGCUUUUAUAGAGAGCAGACACACACACAAAAAAGAGCAAGAAGAUGGAGAGUGACUGACAUAAGAGAGAUCACACUGUAAACAAAACAAGAGAUCGUGAUAGAAGGGAAACUAAUUCUAUGGGGGAGGUUUUGAAAAGGCCGUUUUGAGACGUGAAUUUCACCCAUUCCGAGAGAAGGAGAGAGAGAAGGGGGCCAAGACAGACACAGAACAAUGGCUUGGAAGUCGCCUUUGUCUCUUACAGUGUUCCUGGUUGUGUUUGCGGCUUCUGUCAGUCAGACGAAAAGUGAGGGGCACUGUGUGUGGUAUGGGCAGUGCGGGACGAACCCUCUCACCUCAAAGACUGCCAACUGCCCUUAUAAUGGCACUGCGCAGGUGCUGGAUUCUUCUGCCCAAAUGACCCUUGCAGCAACAUGUCCUGAACUUGUUAUGGACCUUAUGUCCCGGAACCCUGGCGGCAACGUCAGUACAUGCUGUGAUGGCGAUCAGGUCACGGCCACCCUGACGCAGAUGGCAGUCGGGAUGGCCCUGCUGAAGCGUUGUCCGACCUGCGUGCGGAACUUCCGGAUGGCCUUCUGCUACCUGACCUGCAGCCCUGACCAGAGUGACUUCAUGCAAGUAAAAGAGCUCAAAAAGGCCCCGGAUACGAAUAAAACAGUCAUCUCAUCAUUGGAUGUGCACAUAACAGAUGACUUUGUCAACGGAGUGUACAGCUCGUGUAAAGAUGUGGCCAUGCCUUCGACCAAUGAGAAGGCCCUGUCACUCAUGUGCGGAGCUUGGGGCUCUUACUACUGCACUGGCCAAAGGUGGUUUGACUUCAUGGGCACCACCAGUAAUGGUUAUUCGCCCUUCCAGAUUGAUUUUGUCUACAAAGAGGAGUCAGGAUCUGAAUUUAAGCCUUUCAACAAAACAAUCAUUCCAUGCAAUGAAGCCAUAACAAAUGACUCCCGGUCGUGCAGUUGCCUCGAUUGUGAAGCGUCCUGUCCAGUGCCUCCUCCUUUACCCCCCUUGCCGCAGCCCUUCACUAUUUUUGGGUUGAACGGCAUGGAAGUGGUGAUGACAUUGCUGUUCAUCGUCUUUGCAACAGCCUUCACUGUUGUUUACAUUUGCUUCUCAUGCAGGGCACGAAGCAUAGAUAUUGCAGUGACUGACCAGAGUGGAGCUGUAGCAGGAGAUGAGCCCAGCUGUUUCGAAAAGCUUGGGUCGAGUUUGGAGGACUGUCUGGAGAGGUUCUUCACAUCGUGGGGCACAGUGUGUGCUGAUCACCCAUGGACUGUGCUCAUUGUCGGUGUUUUGAUAUCCAUUGGAUUGUCAGUAGGCAUCAUCUAUCUAAAAGUAACAACAGACCCUGUAGAACUAUGGGCUGCCCCAAAUUCCAAGUCUCGUAUUGAAAAGGAUUAUUUUGACAAGAAUUUUGAACCUUUCUACAGAACAGAAAUGCUUAUUGUAAGACCUAAAGGAGUUGAUAAGGUUCCACAUCAAACUCCCAAUGGUACAGAGAUGUGGGGGCCAGCCUAUAACCAGACAUUCUUGGCUGAGGUUUUUAAGCUGCAGAAUUUCAUAACACAAGAGGUCUAUGGCAAAGUAGAUGAUAAAUAUGUGUACCUGGAGGACAUAUGCUUUAGGCCACUCUCACCUGUGAACAACAACUGCACCAUCCAGAGCGUGGUAAACUACUUCCAGAACAAUGAAGACAACUUAAACCUUACAGGGACCAGCAGCUUUGGACUGCCCUACACCUACAUUGACCACUUGGACCUCUGCUACAGAAAUCCAGUGGCAAUGGACACAACUUUGGAUAUUCCCUGCCUGGGCGAGUAUGGAGGACCCAUCCUGCCCUUCACUGCUCUUGGAGGAUUUCUCAAUGGGUCUCAGAUCCUUGGGGCGAACCCUCCUUACAAAGAUGCUUCAACACUUGUUAUCUCCCUUGUAGUCAACAAUUUCAAUGACAAGGAGAAGGUGGAGAAAGCCAAAGCAUGGGAGGAAGCUUUUCUCAAGUACAUAAAGGACUUCGAUCACCCAAUGAUGGACAUCGCGUUUUCGGCUGAGCGAUCCAUACAGGACGAACUGCAGCGGGAGAGCGAGGGCGACGUCAUCACCAUCCUCAUAUCUUACUGCAUCAUGUUUGCGUACAUUGCUUUAGCUCUUGGGAGCUACACGCGUUGCAGUCGGGUGUUGGUAGACUCCAAGAUUACUCUGGGCUUGGGUGGUGUGCUCAUUGUGUUGAUCUCUGUCUCAUCUUCAAUUGGUGUUUAUGGCUAUGCUGGAGUUCCUGCGACCCUGAUUAUUAUUGAAGUUAUACCGUUCUUGGUAUUAGCAGUAGGAGUAGACAACAUGUUUAUUCUUGUUCAAACGUAUCAGCGCGAGUCGCGUCGUCCAGCCGAGUCUCGGUCUGAACACAUUGGUCGCGUUGUGGGGCAAGUUGUUCCCACAAUCCUACUUGCUUCCUGUUCAGAAGUAGCUUGCUUCUUCUUAGGUGUGCUCUCAGGGAUGCCUGCUGUACAUGCAUUUGCUCUGUAUGCUGGACUUGCCCUCACCAUUGAUUUUGUCCUGCAAAUUACAUGUUUUGUGUCUCUCAUGGCACUGGAUGCAAAGAGACAAGAAGAAAAUAGACUCGACAUCUGCUGUUGCGUCAAGGGAUCAAACAAGGAAGGGACGUCACCUGAGGGCCCCAUACAGAAAUUCUUCAAACUCGUCUAUGCUCCCAUGCUUUUGUCGCGCAUUGCCAGACCAGUUGUGGUGGUCUUGUUUGUAGGAUGGCUGUUCUCGAGCAUUGCUGUUCUGCCAAUGAUUGACAUAGGUCUUGAUCAAGAAUUGUCUAUGCCAGAAGACUCGUACCUACAAAAAUAUUUUGAGUAUCUAGGAAAGUACCUAAGUGUUGGACCUCCAGUAUACUUUGUCCUCAAGGGAGGUCUCAAUUUUAGUAACUUAAAUGAUCAGAAUAAAGUCUGUGGGACUGUGGACUGUGACUCAAACAGUCUGGCCAUGCAAGUGUAUUAUGCUGCUCACCGUGCCAAUAGAACUUUCAUCGCCCAGCCGGCCUCCUCAUGGAUUGAUGAUUAUAUGGACUGGUCCAUUUACAACCUGGACAGUCCAAGUGGUGAUACACCAUGUUGCAGAGUAAAGAAGGAUGGAACAUUCUGUCCCUCAAGUGAUGAUGAGUCUGUCUGUGAUGACUGCAACAUCAACCUAACAGAAGAUGGACUGCGACCCGAUCCAGAUUCCUUUAUGCAGUACUUACCCUUUUUCCUGGAGGAUGUACCAGGAGAGACGUGUCCUAAAGGUGGGCAUGCAGCUUACGGACAAGCUGUUAGAAUUGUAACGACAGACAAAAAUGAGACAACAGUUGGUGCCAGUUACUUCAUGACAUAUCACACUAUUCUCAAGACAUCCAAAGACUACUAUGAGGCUCUAGAAUGGGCCAGAGACAUUUCAGAAAAUAUCACAGACACCCUGAAUGAGGGCCAGAAGGAGCCAGUGUAUGAAGUUUUCCCUUACAGUGUGUUCUACGUGUUCUAUGAGCAAUACCUCACCAUGUGGCAUGAUGUCUUGAAAUCGCUUGGCAUAUCCCUUGUGACGGUGUUCUUGGUCAGCAUUGUCCUCUCGGGUCUGGACAUUGCUUCCUCCUUCGUGGUGAUGGCAACCAUUACCAUGAUUCUCAUCAAUUUAGGGGGACUCAUGUACUGGUGGGGGAUCUCCCUAAACGCUGUCUCGCUGGUCAACCUGGUUAUGGCUGUUGGUAUCUCAGUGGAAUUCUGCAGUCACAUCACCCAUGCUUUUUCACUCUCCCUUGAGGACACCCGACUCCUUCGUGCCAAAGAUGCUCUGAUCACAAUGGGAAGCUCGGUGCUCUCUGGCAUCACCUUCACCAAGUUUGGAGGUAUCCUAGUCCUAGCAUUUGCACAUUCCAAGAUCUUCCAGAUUUUCUACUUCAGAAUGUACCUGGGGAUUGUGCUCUUUGGUGCAGCUCAUGGCCUGGUCUUCCUACCAGUCCUGUUGAGUUUCUUCGGUCCAAACCCCAAUAGAUGCCGCAUCCAGAAGCGGCACUGGAAGCACAUAGCCGAGAGUUUCCACGGGUCCAUGUCCCUGUCGGACGAGGUGCCGGAGCCAGUUUUUGUCAACGUGGAAUCGGACAUGGACACCCACCUUGUCCAGCCGGAAAUUCAUCCUUCUUAUGGCGGCACUAAUAGCGUCACCGUCUAGCCUCUGGGUCAGGUCUUUAAAAAAAAUAUGUGAAUAUGUAAUACUCCCAGCGUUUUUCUCUGUUGUAUGUCCCAAUGACAGUUUGACAUAGGAUCUGAACAUA